ACCAUGUUGGUGCAGAGUGGUGCAGAGAGAGAGAGCAGCGGGAGUAUCCACCCGUUCUCUCAGAAUCUAUUACUCCUCUUCUGUUUUUGUUUUCCUCUCAGGAUGUCUGAAGGUGAAUCAGCAGGAACCAAACUGGUGUCGGUGGACUUUGAGAUCUCCGGUCACGUUCAGGGAGUUUGUUUCAGAAUGUACACAGAGAAGAAGGGUCUGCAGCUCGGUCUGGUCGGCUGGGUAAGGAACACCUACCAUGGGACGGUGGAGGGACAGGUCCAGGGUCCUGCUAACAUGGUGGCCGACAUGAAGGUGUGGUUGAGUAAAGAAGGAAGUCCAUCCAGUCGGAUCACCAAGGCCUCCUUCACCAACCAGAGAACCAUCGACAAGCUGGAGCUCUCCGGCUUCAAGACCCGCUUCUGAUCAACGAAUCAAACGUACCCCAGAGACCUUCCUUUCCCUCUCUAGAGAAAGACACUGAGAGCUGCUUCUCGCAUUCAGAGUUGUGCACUAGCUAACGGCAGUGAUUUGAGUUCAGAUUUGAUGUGAGUUCUGUGCAUGACGACUGUUGAAUGACAUGUUGGAGCUGGAGUUUGUUUGUAGAAGGACUCAGGUUUGAGUCCAGAACAGUGGAGAGUUUCAGGCGGAAAGUAAAAUUUGUCAAAUAAAUAAAUAUAUGGUAACAUUUUAUUUGAUAAAAGGAAAAACUUUGGUGUAAUGUAUACAAUACUCAAAAACACUGACUGUUUGAAGAAAGUUUUUACUGAAGAAGUUAAAGAUUACAGUAAUAUUUUUCUAAUAUUCUGAUGGCAUACAUUCAUGUUUGAUGCAGUUACAGUAAAUGAAGACAAGUAACGAUCUGAUGUAAAACACUGCACUUGAGUUUUAGAACAGAAUUUGCCUUUGUGUUAAAUUUUGUCAAGUUGCAAAGGAAAUCAUGAACAGUUAAGUUUAGUUAAGUUAAGUUACGGUGGAAAACAUACCUAGACAGUUAAGUAAGAUUAAGUUAAGUUACAAUGGAACAUGUUCGACCUAAACGGUUAAAUUGCAUCAAUUUAAGUUGGGUUAAGUUAACUAUUGAAACUCCUUCAACUUCAGGACCAAGUCAGAGUUAGAAGAAUGAAAUGAACAUCUAGACAUGCCCACCAUUCCAGAAGUGACACUUAGUCUUGACUUUAUUUUUAAAUGACAGUUUAGAUCAUUGUAAUGGUUUGAUGCUAGCAGAUCAGUGUGUAGUUCUUCAUCAGGUUUGUGAGCUGCAGGUUUGCCGGUUUCCAUUAAAUCUACCACUGUGUGUCUAUACAUAGUAUGUCACUGUAUGAUGUAAACAAACACAACCCAGCCAUGUUGUCAGGUGAGGCGAUUAGGUCUACCUGUCAACUGAUCCAAUUAAAUCAAAUCCAGAGAAUCCCUGAUCGG